AUACAGGAUGAUGCGCCCUGGUUUGGAAAACUCAAAGUUGGAUGACGGGAGAAACUGAGGGAUGGAGGUCUGCUUUAUGAGUAUUGAGUGAGGCAGCUUUUUUUUUUGCGCAAGUAAGAGACACAGACAAGAUGCAAAAAUUGAUAGCGUCGUUCACCUUUUGUUCCCUCGAUAGGAAGCAGCGACAGUAGCGGGAUACGAGCUAUGAGUUUGUGGGAGUUGCACUUGCAGCAUGCCUUGGUGAUCAAAGUUCAAAGUUUUCAGGAGCCGUUGACUCAAGCUGAGGUGGAGGCGACCACGAGUGAGUGGGUACGCACGAUCCGCGGAAGAUAUUGGGCGCGUCCGUAGUUCUGUGCUUAGUACCGCGCCAGUGAUUUACAGCGGUCGGGAAAUUCAGCUUGUGUCGCAGGGCAAAAGAUCAUACGGCAACGCGGGGAGUACAACCUUCCCCUAUUCCCCAAAUUCUAUAAGAGAAAAGACAACGCAUCAACAAGAAUAGCAGUGAAAACAUUUGAUCGCAGCUCCUCGUUUGCGCUAUCUCAACGCUAGUGUCCAAGGCUGCAGAUACCAUGUCCGUUGUCGGAAAAUUAGCUGAGGCCUUCAGCGUUUUUGCGGGAAGUGCAAGGGCAAACUUGGAUGGCGUAGACGUAGACGCCGUGAUAAGCUCAAGAGACGUAGUGAAGGAGGGGUGGCUCACGAAGCAGUCAAGGAAUGUCAAAGAGUGGAGAAAAAGAUACGUCGUGCUGACGAAAGAUUGUAUUCUUCUCGUUCGCUCGAAGACCUUGUUGUAAUACGUGAAAACUAGCUAGUAUUGCACCUACUUCUACUUCCAGAAAAGUUCACUUUGUGGCUUGAAAGUAUAAUAUUUUCAUUUUUAUGUAAAUCGACCAAUAGAGCGCAAAAGCAAUUGAGGCCAAACACGAAAAAAAACUUACUACAGGCCUAGCAACGUUUCGAGAAGGGCCACAGCCUGUGUACAAGUGUAUCGAGGCAACCGAGUUGGUAUUUUUUGGGCACAUGAUGACAGUUAGAAGUGCGGAGCAAGACUGCGGUAUGGAAAACUCAUUCUGUUUGCAGAGACAAAAAGACGGCAAAUUCUUCUUCUUUAUCGCAGAAACACCAACCGAGAAAGAAGGGUGGGUCGGAGCGAUAGGACGGCAAAUGGUAUAAGUAUAUUAGCCUUAAUUGUACUGGUGUCCCCAUACAACUCAUACGAUACUAGAAACGGCAAAUCUGACGAUUCAUUGAUAUGUUUAGGCGCAUCCUCACUUACAAACUCAUGCAUAACUUCAUUCAACUCAACUUCAAAAGUCUAAUCUUCAAUGGCAUUCGGAGAAUCACGGCCAGGUACGGCGGACCGUUUUGAUAGACGAGCAGGAGGAUUACGACAAUUGACUCGCUGUCAAACAUCGUUUCGUUGUUGCUCCAUGACGUUUUUGCUUGAAGAUGACCAUGACAUGAUACCUACAUACAUUUGUUAACAUACCUACAAUACUAUCACGGAAGCGUGGAGACAACUGCAUCGUCAACAUCACUGCGACAUUCAUGGAGCCAGCCAACCACCGAUCCAGUGCUGCCACAACAUACCGAGUACUAGCAAGGCCAAUCGCAAUACAUAUGAACGACGUGGUUGAACCACAGACACAAUGUAUGCGAUACGCCGACAUUGAUUCAUGAGCGGUUGUGCGAUCAACCGGACGCACCGCUGAUGCUGUUCGCGUGUUUAGAUGAAGAUGCUUGUUCAGCCCGUUUGCCUAUGGAGAUAAAUGAUCGAAUCAACGACAAGCAUGGUAUCGUCCCCAG